AUGGGAGAGCCCUUGCCCUACGAAGGGUUCGAAUGGAUGGAUCACAGAGACUUUGAUGUUAUGUCUGUACCAGAUGACUCUCCCGUAGGGUACAUAUUACAAGUUGACUUGGAAUAUCCUCGCACAUUACAUGAUCUGCACUCAGAUUUUCCAUUCGCUCCUGAACACCGUAAAGCUGAGGGUUCAAAUCUACGAAGGGUUCGAAUAAAUGGAUGA